AUGCCAUUCUGCAAUACCAACCCACCUGAAGAAACCAAGAAAGACGAGUAUCCCACUCUGGACACAGUUGUUAAUGUCUCCAAUUGCUUUUAUUAUUUGUCACUGCUGGAGCGCUUUGUUCAAACAACCAGAAACAUGCCUGAAGAUAUCUUGAAAAAGUAUCUAGUGCGUGCUGAAUAUCGAUACUUUAAAUGGGCCUAUACUCAAAAAAUCUCGAGCACGUCAAGGUAUGCGAUUCCACCUUUAGAUAUCGCAUUCUUUUGGCAAGCUCAUAUGCUUAGUCCUUUGCGAUUUUACGAGGAUCAGCACCGUUGCCCUCAAUUCACAGCAUUGAAGAAUAUGAAAAUCCCACUAAAGGAAAUUCAUGAGACAUCUCGAAAGGUUCCAAACAAUGUUUUAAUUCUCUGGAAGGAGGCUAUGGGCGACGAGCCAUACCAUCUCUUGAAGAAUCAUGUGUCUGGCCCCAAGAGUUAUACAAGCUACGCAGAAAUCAAUUGCAUUGUUUGCUUUAUCAAGAUGGAAGUUGACUGUGGCCUCAUGCUUGCACCUGAUGAAUCUAUCAAGUUGAGUUACAAGGACGUUGGGUCCUUGGGCUCUGUCAAGGAUCUCAAAUCAUUGCCCUUCAACAGAGGUACCCAACCUCUUAACAAUCUUAUACUCAAGAACCAAGCAACCAAAUUGAAGAACUCGCCAGAUAAUUCAGCAAGAAGAGAAAGAAUCAUUGAAGCUAUUGAAAGCACGUAUUUGUGCAAUCCUUAUAGAGGAAGCUCUAUUGAUUUGAUACAAGCAGUGGCAAGACAGUACAAUUUUGCAUUCAAGGCUACUCAAACCAUCAAUUGGGAUGCUCCUCAGGGAAUCAUUAAAGGCAUUCGGCAAUACACUAACUUCCUUCAGUUGCUAAAGACGAACCCCACGCUGACUGCAAUACCAACAUUUGAGAUAGAUCUUGCAUGGCAUACACACAUGCUAUUUCCAAGCAGCUAUCGCAAAUUUACAGUCAAGUUUGUGGGCAAAUUUCUCAACCAUGAUGAUACAAUUUCUGAAAGCAAAUUAGAUCAAUACAUCAAAGACACCGAUAGUGCCUGGAGGUUCAGACUCAAAAACAAAGAGCAAGGCACCAAGUCAACAGCCAAAGACGCAUCUGAACCAGUCCCUAUGCCCAAGAGAACAAAUAGCAUCACAGUUAAACUCAAGACCUUGUUCAAGAAGAAUGAAUCUACAAAUGAACAGUCUUUGCUAUCUGAUGAAAAGGCAUUCAAGGGUCGCUAUAUUGCUGGGACAUACCAGUCAUCUCCAGCUUACAAACCUAUCAAUGAUGACGCUCAAAGCAUCACAGAAGACAUUGAUGUAUAUGAUGUGGAAAAUACCAGUUUUCAUGAUAAACGUGACAUCAAAGAGUUUAUCAACUUUAAGAAUUCAGAUGCUGUUAUGGAAGACAAGUUUCGAAAUGUCCAAAGAUCCUUCUUUGGUUUUAUAGGAACAAGCACAUGUGGAACUUCUGACUAUCUUAACAAAUGGGAAAGCCCUGAUAUGUCUGAAAAGGAGAGAGAAGCAUUGCGCUCAAACUACAAAGCGGAUGGGUACUCUCAAGUAUUUGUAUCAAAUGGCGUCGUUCCUACCAUCUCACAAAAGAAAAUGGCAAAGCUUUCAUUUGAGCAACGAGUGCAACUAUCAAAAUAUCAGACAAUGUCAGCCGAAGAAAAGUCCAAGAGACGGGAUAAUCCAACCACAACAGAUUCAUUUGAUUGGAAUAAAGUGAGUAUUAUUUGGGCUGCUACCUAUUCAGGUUCAGGAUACAUGAUAGGCAGCAUGACUUCUUGUGGUGGCGGUGUUGGCUCAAGCUGUGGAGCAUUUUCAAGUUGUGGAGGUGGUGCAUUUUCUAGUUGCGGAGGUGGCGCAUCAUCUAGCUGUGGUGGCGGAUCAUCCAGUUGUGGAGGUGGUGGAUCCUCAAGCUGUGGAGGAUCGUAG